AUGUUGAAGACUCAGUUGCAUGCAAGAAUUCAGGUUCUUCGUUCUGACAAUGGCAGAGAAUUUCUCAACCAUGAUCUUAACAAGUUCUUACAAGAUCAUGGCAUCAUACAUCAACGCUCAUGCCCUUACACUCCCCAACAGAAUGGGGUGACUGAAACAAAGAACAGACACUUAUUGGAAGUAGUUUGUGCCUCUCUCUUUGGUGCCAUUAUGCCACGAUCUUUUUGGGGCGAAACCGUCGUCUAUGCAGCAUACGUCAUCAAUCGGAUUCCCUCUAGUAUCCUAAAUUUCCAAACACCACUUCAAACACUUCACCACCAUAUCCAAACACCUCCCACCCCAAACCUGGAACCCCAAAUUUUCGGAUGUGUUAUAUUUGUCCACUUACAAGAUCACCAACGAAGCAAAUUGGAUGCCCGAGCUAAAAAGUGUGUUUUCAAUGGCUAUGCACCUCAUCAGAAAGGAUAA